GUCUCCUGUUGACCAGCUACUGGACAUUCCGGAUACCACGAAGCGACUCGACUGGCCCUGCAGUGGUAUAGCGCGGCAUCGCUCGGCGCAGUCUAGCAUCGUCGUCUUCCCACCAGAUCCCUCCCCGACUGUGGACGCCCUUGCAUGCGUAACUGAUUCGUCGUGCGCUGCUGUACUUGUGCAACAGCUGUUUGUUGUCAUCUUUUUUUCUCGUCCCAUAUUUAUUCGACUCCCGGUCUACUUCUCUGCCUGUUCUCUUCACCAUGAGUCUUCCGGCACAUAGUUCCUGCAGUCAUGGCGCCUCGAGAUCAGAGUCCAAUGCCGCCGCCUCCACCUCCGAACUCGCCCGUCCUGAAGCGCUGCAGGACCUGAGAGGCCGGCUGAAAGCGGGUCUGAAGACAUACCCGGACUUCCCAAAGAAAGGCAUUCUGUUCGAAGAUAUCCUCCCUCUUUUUUCUUCCCACAGCCUGCACGAAGACCUUCUCCGAGCCUAUGAACUGCUCAUUCUCGAGAGCUUCGGCCCUGACAACACCCCCGAUGUGAUCGUCGGCCUGGACGCGAGAGGUUUCCUCUUUGGCCCGACGCUCGCCUUGCGGUUAGGAGUGGGGUUUGUUCCGGUCAGAAAAGCCGGUAAACUUCCCGGCAAGGUUGAAACAGCGCAAUACGAGAAGGAAUACGGUACAGACACCUUCGCCAUGCAGAGCGACGCGAUCACACCCGGCCAAAAAGUUCUCGUUGUCGACGACCUCAUCGCAACCGGGGGUUCAGCGGCGGCAGCCGGAACCCUAGUCGAAAAGUGCGGAGGGAAGCUGAUGGGAUACGUCUUCAUCAUCGAGCUUUCCUUCCUCAAGGGCAGGGAUAAGCUUAAUGCUCCGGUCUACACUCUGCUUGAGAGCCAAGCCUAA